AUGCAAGAAAUUCUCGUAGUCACCUGCCCAGGGGGCAAACAAUGCUCCCACCUCAUCCCUCUCUUAUAUAACAAAUCCAGAUUCAAACUCCGUCUAGCAGCCCACACCACUGACUCCGCCUCUCGUCUCCAAACGACCUACCCAGAGGCCGAAGUACAAACAUGCGACACAUCCUCUCUCACCGAAUGCCGCAAGCUUCUCAACAAUGCAACAUCAGUCUACCACGUGGGCCCCUCGCUCCACUCCCGGGAAUUGGAAAUCGGGAUCAACAUGAUCGACGCAGCCGUUGCCGAAAGCCAAAAGCCAGAUACCAAAUUCAAGCACUUCGUCUAUUCAAGCGUACUCGGUACCCAGCAUCGAAACCUCAUGCAACAUGAUCUCAAGAGCCGUGUCGAAGAAAGACUAUUACUAAGUCCUCUGAACUUCACAAUUCUCCAACCAACCAAUUUCAUGGAUGUGUAUCCGCCUGCUGCACUCGCGAAAAUCGAUGACCCAUCUAUUGAGUAUCUUUGGAACAUUUAUAAUCCAAAUAUCGCCAAUAGUCUAAUUGCGCUCAGAGAUCUGGCGGAAGCCGGGGCUCGGGUUUUGGACGAGGGGGAACCACAUUAUCUCGCUCAGUAUCCGCUGUGUUCGACCUUGCCGGUAUCUGAUGCGGAAGUUAUUAAGAUUAUUGAAAGGCAAAUUGGUAAGGAGAUCAAGGUUCCGACUCCCACGUUUGAAGAGGGUGUUAGCAAGGUCCUGAAGCUUUUAUUUGCCGGGGAGAGCGAUGUGUAUAGUGGGGAUCAUGUGGAGUCGGAUUUGAGAUGGCCGGCCUCACAGGGGGACUUGCGUCCUGAUAUAACAAGGGACGGGGCUGAGAGGCUGAUUUUGUUUUAUAACCGGCGUGGAUUGAAAGGGAAUCCUAGUGUUCUGAGAUGGUUGAUCAAGAGGGAGCCUACGACUGUUGACGAGUGGGUGAAGAUUCAACUGAGAGGCUAA